GCUUUUUACCAUCAUUCAUUUUUGUUCAUUAAUAUUAUAAUGGAUUCAGAAAUUUGGUACUACAUGCGCAGCACAGUACAUUAAAUCAAGUUGGAAGUAAAGUUAUAACUAGAACAUUUAAUAUGUAACAAUAAGUAAUUCAAUACAGCAAGAUGUAUUAUCAGUGAACAAAAUUUAAUCAUGCUUCCUGCUUUACUGUAAAAUAAUUUGAUAGUAUAUCUUACAUAUAAAUUUCGUAAACCCAUUAUAUGAAAAAGAGGUUAAAAAGAUAUUCCUUUGCAAAAAGAAAUUUGUUUUCAGAAAUAUAACGCAAGAAUCAUUUUCAUUCAUUCAUACUGUUUCUAUUACUUAUAAUUUUUUCGAAUAUUUUCGAAUUAUUGUUUUCCAAUUCCUCGUCUAAAAACUAUCAAAUAUUAAAUAUAAUUUGUCGUUAAAUAAAAAUGGUGAUUGGUUAUGACAAAUUGCGUUCGUUCUAUCAACGAUUUAUUUUAAAAUCGAAUUUCUGUAUGAAUCACGAUAUUACGCGUGUGUUAUCAGUGAUUUAUAGUUUUCUUUUUUUUUUUAUAAACAUACGAUCUGAUACGAUAAAGAGAUAAAGUGAAUCACGUAGAUCAUGAUUCGAAAUCGAGUACGGAAUUUUUCGUUCGAAACAUUGAAGCCUUCUUUGACUUUCGUCGGUUUCAAUAUAUAUGGUGUACGUAAGAAUCGAAUCGUUGAAAACGAAUGAUUUAAAAUAAUUGUGUUGUAGCAUCAGACAUAGAACAACUGACUCGUUUUGCUUCUGGGGGAUAUUGCGAUGACUCGACAAUAGUAUACUUGCAACAUCCUUGUGUGAUAUUAACAGCUUUAGAGGUUCUUGGUUAUAAAGUCGUCGCAUCCUCGAGUACCAGUGUUAAACAAGACUAUAAUGAAUACAUGUGGACUAUGAGAAAAGAUUUUACCGAGCCUGAACCCGAACCUGUUAUUAAGGCAGGCAGGUGAGAUUUAUUCAGAUACUCGUGACUACGCACACGAUAAACAUGGAACACAGUCAUGGACAUAAUGAUCAGAAUGUAUGCUGCAGUUCGGGUAACGACCUCGGUAUUCGUCAAUCUCUCGUAGAAAUGGAGUUUGAACGUGGUAUAUGGUAUGCAGCGCAAUAUAACGAUUUGGACCGUGUGAAAACCUUGCUGAAGAAAGGUAUUUCAGCCAAUGUCGAAGAUUCCGCGGGAUAUACAGCUUUACAUUACGCAUCUCGAAACGGACAUUACGAAAUGUGCAAAAUAUUGUUGGAGAACGAUGCGAAAGUUAAUGCACGGACUCAUUGUGGGCACGCUACUGCUCUGCAUAGAGCAGCAAUGCAAGGUCACGUUAACAUUGUUCAACUUUUAUUGAAAUCCGGCGCAGACUCUAAUUUAAAAGAUGUAGAUGGUUACACUGCUUUACAUAGAGCAUUUAUAGCUCGUUCGGAGUCUGUUUGCAAACUUUUGAUACCAUGCACAAACUUAACAUUGUUGAGUAACAAUCAACAAAGUGCAGAACAAUUGGCAAAGGAAAACUGUCCUAACAUCUUACCAUUUUUAUCCGAAUACAUAAAUACAGAAUGAUAAAUCAAGGACAAUCAAUAAACCAUACAGUUUAUUUACCACAAGAAGGUGAAUGUAUAAAAACAAAAUCGUAGAAUCAAAAAAAAAAAAAAAAAAAAAAAACUCGAGCAUAUUAGCAAAGUUAAAGAAACUAUCAGUGUGAAUAAUAUACAUAAAUGUAUUUUUAAUGUUAAUAAAUUCUCCUGACCCCUAUGUAUAAAAAUUGUUGGGAACGCUAUGAAAAAUAAAUUCGCAAAGUAAAUGUAUGUACACUGAUAAAUAUCUUGAAAACUUAAUGUGACGAAUAAGAGUAAAGAUAUAUUCGAUACCGUUCUUUCGAUAAUUACGAUACAAAUAAGAAGAAAAGUUGUCGAAAAAUACAAUCGUCGACUAAUAAAUGUAUUAGUUAUCCUUCUUUGUUACAUAUACUCAUCGUUUAAAUUAGCUUGACAAUUUGCCCGUUAUCGAACUAAAUAAGUAAUAUGCAUCAAGCUUCGUGAAGUUUCAUUUUACGACAUAGGACGAUACUUUUUCUUCGUAAUAGAGAAACGAAUACCGAUAAGAAAGGAAUGCACGCGUUAUUCGAUCAAGCGAUAAAGGAAUAAAUUUACAAAUAAAGCCGAUGGAUGUGCGUCGUUGUAUUCGUCUCGUUCCAUGUGCUCGUCGUCCGUCGGCCGUCGGAACGGAGAGGGGUCGUGCACUUGAUAUUGAAUCGUUCGUGCCCGGUCGUUUCCUCUCGGCGAGGCUCGGUAAUCGUCGUGAAAAUUCGACGGUACUCGAUGAGUUGCGGUACGCGGAGCGCAGUACGGCCGCCGGAGCCCCCUCGCGAUAAAUGGUGCUGCCACCUACCGGAACACCUCCCGUCUUCUGUACGACUGCAAUCGUUGCAUGGAGUCAGUCGUUUCACGAAUACCGCGGGUGGUUUGCGCGAAGGCUCGCCGCCGCCUUUAGCCGUUCCGCGACGGGAUCGUCCGUCGUUUCGCGGUCCGAGGUUUCGUCUGCGUGUCUUCGACCACCUUUUCCCGCUUUGGAAUUCCGGUGCGAUUUUGCUCGUCGAUUUGAGUGACAAUCGCGAGCGAUGUAACCGUGCCCUGACGUCACACGGCUAAUCAAGUGCACACACGAACGCAAACACUGGCGCGCGCGCGCCUGCCACUCGUGUCCGUAUACAGUGUAUACUAUACACGGACGGCCUGCGUAGCUGCGUGCAGUAUACUACGUGCGAACACGUAUAGGGCCGUGCACACGAGCGAAACCGAUAGAGCUCGAAGAAGAGGGAAACAGCGUGAUCACGAAAGAUAGAGGAGAAAGAA